UUUCUGUGCAGCGGACGUGCGAGACGGCGAUGUGUGCUGGCGCCACAGCCUCGGUCGCUCAGCCCUCGAUACAAAGCUCGUUUUGUGCAUCUCAUGCGUCGUUUGUGAUUACCAAUGGUGCACAUUGCACCACCGUGCAAGCAGCGUGCGGCGGUCGCCAGCUGGCACCACGCCGACAUCUUCCUCCCAAGUAGCGACUCGAGUGGCCAGUGCGCCUGCACUGCCUGUCUCUGCCAAUGCGCGCUCGGCAUCGGGCAUUUCUACAGUACACAAUUGGAGCAUGGGCGAGCUUCCGUCACGGCAUGACAACCUCGAAGACUUUCCGCUGCCGCCCGACUUUUUCCGGAGCGACCCGCUCUCGGCCAUCGAGCUGCGGUACCUCGAGGGCCUUGGGCAGCACAACAUGGCCAAGCUCGUGACGCUCGCCGAGUCGUUCCUGGACGCAAAGGCGUUCCCGUGCAUCAAAGCGUCGCGCAACUUGCGCCUCUACCAAGGGCUCGCACCGCCGUCCGAGCCCAACAUUAUCCCGUUCCGCGCUACAACGACGGUCCAAGCCACGUUUCGGGAGCUCACGCACAUUGUUUGCAACGUCACAAGCGAACAAAUGACCAACGCCGUCCACAAGUACGCGUACGAGUUGCUGGACAUGGCCAUUUUGCACGAAAUUCCGACACCGACGCCGCAGCAGCAGCGCAUGUUUGUGCGCUGGAUGGCCACCGAGUGCCCGCCGCCAUUGCGCCGCCGCGAUUUCUGCGUCCUCGAAGUCCACCACGAAGCGCUCCUUCGCAACGGGAAGCGGGCGUUCUUGAUUUCGCAGCACUCGAUCCGGUUGUCGAGCUGCCCGGACCUCAAGAGCGCAUACAACCUCGUUCGCGGCUCAAUCUACAACUCGGGCACCAUCAUCAUGGAAACCGACACACCUGGCAUCCUUGACGUCCAUACGCAUACACAAAUGGACCUGAAAGGUCGCGUGCCGUCCUGGCUGCACAAGGUUGUCGUGCGGCAGCGCGUCGCGCGUCUCCAGUCGCUGCACGCGUCGCUCGAGGAUCUUCGCCUGGGCGAGACGCUCGAAGGGACCUACAUUCCCAUGGUACCGGUGGACGCGCGGUCGCACUGUGGCGGCUGUGGCAAAGCAUUUCAUACGUUUCCCAAGUGGCGGCGAAAACACCACUGUCAGCUCUGCGGCGAGGUCUUUUGCGCCAAGUGCGCCACGCCGUCGCCGACAAAAGGUCGUGUCUGCUACGCGUGCGUGGGCACCACGGUCGAGAGUUCGCUGCGGAGUCCGUGCCGCAGUGCCGAUGUGACGUAUGCAAAACACUCCUUGUUUGCCGAUUUCCCGGAUGACGACGAUGGCAGCAUCGUGGGCGCAAACACGACCGGACACAUGCCCGUGUACCACCCGUGCACGUCGUCGUCGACGCUCUUGCAGCUGCUGGACGAGCCUCGCAAGCAACGCGUCGGCGAGCUCUCCACGCCUGAUGUCGCGCUCGAAGCGCUGCAGUUUGAUUGGCUCGCGCCCGGGGAGCUGGCGUCACCGCACCAAGGCAGCGCGCUUUUGCCGAUGCUCGAGGUCGACUCGGCCCACGUGCUUCGCCUUAUCGUCUAGUCGCUACAAUAUUGUCCUCCCUGCCAUCGUGCCGUCCCUGUCUACAGAACUAGUCCCGUUCUGCUACUUGAAGUAAUAAAAAAUGUGGUUAAUACCUUCGA